AUGGAGGAAGCGCCGGAGCUGACCGGCCCGAGGAUCUCCUUCUCUCACGACGGCGUCGUGGCGACUGCGGGAGCGGCGACACCGGGGCAGGCUGUGAGGUUGGAGUUGGACACAUCGUCGAGGCGGCUUCCCGAGCCGGAGUUCGACUUCGCCAACGCGGCCGCGGCGGAUGUCGCCCCGGCUGGUCGUCUCUUCGCCGGCGGGAAGCUGCUGCCCGUGCCGCCGUUGCCACCGGUUCAUCCCAAGCCAAGCCCGUGCAAGCAGCAGGCGAGAGGCAGCGUGAAGGCUCCGCAGCAGCCGGCGAGGCGGCCGUGUUCUUGGACGUCCCCGUUCACCCGCAGCUGCAGCGUGAAUUCCGCCACGACGGCAACGGCUAGCGCAACGACGGCGCCGAGGUCGGCGCCGGGGAGCUUCAGCUGCCCGUCAUUCCCGCUCAUGCGGAGCCGGUCGGCCGGCUCGGCACAGAGUGGCUUCGGCAGCGUCGUCUCGGGCGGCGGCGGCCACCGGCCGCAGCACAAGAAAGCCGGCGCUACAGCAGCAGCAAGUAACGGCGGUAGUACAAGAGCAGCUUACUACUACGGGGGCAGUAGAAACGGUAGCUCCGGCCAUGGCGUUAGGGUUAGUCCGGUGAUCAACGUGCCAUCCAUUGGCACCAGCAUGGUGAACAUGCUGAGCUACUUGCUCUGCGACUGUGGCAACAAGACCACCAAGAACAGGGGCUUCGGAGUUAAUUGCUAAUAGCUAGUGGGUAGCUAGAUAGAAGCUGUAAACAAUCAAACAAUUGUACUCAUGGUUGCUAGAUUCUAAAAGAUUGGAGUACUACGUACUAGUCAAUUGGGCUAUACUGUGAUCGAUUUCGCUAGUUUGACGUUGAUGAUGAU